GCCACGUCUCCACCUCUACGACUCCAAAACCCUGUCGUUUUGAGUCACCGCAAGCUCACGCAUGCUUAUAUUAUCGAUCCAUUUCUACUUUCACAAUCCAAUUGUAGCGAAACGAAUCGAAUCAGAUCAGAGUUGGAUCAACAAAUCAAUCAAUGGAGAACUCAACACAAGAAGAAACCAACACGAACUUAAUCAACUCUUUCAUGGAGAUCGCGUCAUCCACUAAACAAGAAGCUCUUUUCUUCUUGGAGUCUCAUCAGUGGGACCUUGACGCUGCCGUUUCAACUUUCUUAGACGACGCCACUGCCACUGCCACCGCCGCCGCCGCUGUUACUUCGCAACCCGACGCCUUCAAUCUCCCUGCCGUUAACUCUCCCUCGCCGUCACUGUCUCACCAGUCGCCGUCUACGUCUCCCUCUGCGUCUCUGUCUCGCUCUCCGUCGAGGUCUCGCUCUCCCUCCCCGGCUCCCGCUCGCGAACCCUACCAACUGCGCUCGCGCCGCCGACCGGAGAGGAAGGAGGAUAAAAAGGCGUCGGGAACGCGUGGCGGGAUUCGGACACUUGCUGAUCUCAAUAGGACUCCUCCUGGUGGCUCCGGUAGUGACGACGAUGAGCCACAGCAGUAUUAUACUGGUGGUGAGAAGAGUGGAAUGCUGGUCCAGGAUCCUACCAGAGGCACUGAUAUUGAUGUGGAUACAAUAUUCAAUCAAGCUAGACACUCAGCUGUAGAACCACCCUUGGAUCACCAUCAACCAUCUUCUAGCUCAAAGGCCUUCAGUGGAACAGCAAGAUUACUCACUGGGGAGACGGUCCCAUCUGCUCCUUCUCAACCGUCUCAGCCUGAAGAAGUUGUUCACAACAUUACUUUUUGGAGGAAUGGAUUCACUGUGGAUGAUGGUCCACUACGGAGAAUGGAUGAUCCUGCAAAUGCAUCCUUCUUGGAGAGCAUUAUGAGAUCUGAGUGUCCAAGGGAGCUUGCUACUCCAGAUGGGAGAGGGGGUGUGCAUGUUCAGCUCAAUAAGCGGGAUGAAGAGUACUCUGAACAACCAAAGCGCCGGUCUUCUUUUCAGGGUGUAGGAAGAACUUUAGGUAGCAGUGCCACCCCUGCCGAAACUGUCUCUGAACCAAGUGCUGGUGUCACUUCCUUGACCAGCGCUCCAUUGCCAUCAUUGGGUCUGGUUGUGGAUUCAUCAUCACCAACUACUUCAAUUCAGCUAAGAUUAGCAGAUGGUACUCGCAUGGUUUCCCGCUUCAACUACAACCAUACAAUCAGAGAUAUUCAUGCCUUCAUUGAUGCAUCUAGACCUGGCGGCUCAAGGAACUAUCAAUUGCAGGCAAUGGGGUUCCCUCCCAAGCAACUAACUGAUCUGAACCAAACAAUAGAGCAAGCCGGUAUAGCCAAUUCAGUGGUUAUCCAGAAACUCUAGUGUAUUUGUCUUCUUCUCCUGCAUUUUACUCUCUCUCUCUCUCUCUCGUCUUUUUUUUUUUUUUUUUUUCAUUUGAAGUCUUAACUUCAGUCAUACUUGCUUAGUCAAUCUAUGGGAUUUUAUUCAUCAUCUUAGAGAUAAAGGUUUACAUUAGCUGUGGAUUUCUCAGU